UUCUCUCCAUCAACUUCAACAACAUUUCAUCAAAUCAUUCAACUCUCUACGCACAAUCAAAGCUCAUUAGCAACUUUCCAAUCUUUCUUAACCUUUUUUCCCCCAAAUUAUAGCUCAAUCAUGUCACCACCUAACAUGAUUCUUGAAAAAAUUUCAAACUAUUUCCGAAAAGGAAAACCUGAACCAUGCAGAUUCUCCCUGUCUCCAGACAGGGCAAUCUCAGUAGAUGGAGUUCCACUCCUCUCUGAAGUCCCACAAAACAUAACUCUUUCGAGUUUCUCUUCCGUUUAUCGCUAUCCCAACUUCAUUGAUUCUCCCCCGCCAGAGAACCUCCUCAAAUCAGUCGAAUCCAACAUCGAAAACGGGGCCUUCAUAGGCCUCUCUGUCGAGGAACCCCUCGACAGAGUCCUCUGUUCCAUCGGCAAAUUCAAGAACCGGAAAUUCCUAAGCAUUUUCCGGUUCAAGACAUGGUGGUCCACCAUGUGGACCGGUUCGAGCUCCUCAGAGCUCCAAAUGGAGACGCAGCUCGUUAUCUUACAAGUCGAGGAACUCAACUCCUAUGUGUUGAUCCUCCCUCUUAUCGAAGGAGGAUUCCGGUCGGCCAUCCAUCCGGGGACGGAUGGCCAGACCAUCCUCUGUGUGGAGAGUGGGUCCACGCAGGUGAAGGCGAAAGCUUUCGCCUCAUGCGCCUACCUCCACGUUGGGGACAACCCGUACGACCUCAUGAGGGAGGCGAUGGCAGCGGUUCGAGUCCACUUAGGUACGUUUAGGUUGUUGGAGGAGAAAGAAUUGCCUAAGAUCGUAGACUGUUUCGGGUGGUGCACGUGGGACGCGUUCUACCUGACCGUGGAGCCGGUCGGGGUGUGGAACGGGGUCAAGAGCCUCGCAGAGAAUGGGGUCCCUGCGAGGUUCUUGAUCAUUGACGACGGAUGGCAGAGCAUCAACAUGGAUCACGAGGAUCCCCUGCGCGACUCCAAGGACUUAACAUGCCUUGGGUCGCAGAUGCUUUGCAGACUUUAUCGUUUUAAAGAAAACGAUAAGUUUGCAAAGUAUUGGACAGGGGCGCUGACAGGUCCCAAUGCGCCCCUGUUCAACCAGGAGGAGCACGACCGAAUGUUUAAAGAGAUGGUCGAGCUGGCUGAGAAGAAAAAGGCCCUCGAGGAGGCCGGGGAGGAUGGUUCUGGCCUCCCAGAGGCCAGGAUCAUCGAGUAUCUAGAGGCGCCCGAGGGAGUCGAAUCGGGUGGUUUGAAGGCUUUGAUUGGGGAUUUGAGAAGGGAGUUUCCUAAUUUGGAUGAUGUUUAUGUGUGGCAUGCUCUUUGUGGGGCCUGGGGUGGGGUUAGGCCUGGGACCACUCAUUUAAAUAGCAAGGUGACAUCAGCAAAGGCGGGUCCAGGGCUGGCGAAGACCAUGUUUGACCUGGCUGUUGUGAUGAUCGAGAAGGGCGGGAUUGGGCUCGUUGACCCAAACAAGGCGGAUGACUUUUACGAAGCGAUGCACUCGUACCUGGCCGAUGCUGGAGUUACCGGUGUGAAAGUCGACGUGAUUCAUACGUUGGAGUAUGUGAGUGAAGACCAUGGUGGAAGAGUGAAGCUAGCCAAGGCAUACUAUGAUGGCCUAACCAAAUCUCUAAGAAAAAAUUUCAAUGGGACAGGCCUAAUUGCUAGCAUGGAGCAAUGCAACGACUUCUUUUUCUUGGCCACAAACCAAAUAUCCAUGGCUCGAGUUGGCGAUGACUUUUGGUUCGAGGACCCUAAUGGCGACCCGAUGGGAGUGUAUUGGCUUCAAGGUGUCCAUAUGGUACAUUGUAGUUACAACAGCUUGUGGCAAGGUCAGUUUGUUCGACCCGAUUGGGAUAUGUUCCAAUCAGAUCAUAUUUGUGCAGAGUUCCAUGCGGCCUCCCGUGCAAUCUGUGGGGGGCCGGUCUAUGUCAGUGAUAAAGUCGGCCACCAUGACUUGGAUCUCCUAAGGAAGCUAGUUUUGCCUGAUGGGACCAUACUAAGAUGCCAGCAUUAUGCACUUCCAACUAGGGAUUGCCUCUUUGAGAACCCUCUCUUUGAUGGCAAAACCCUGCUUAAGUUGUGGAACCUAAACAAGUUUGGAGGGGUGAUUGGAGUGUUCAACUGCCAGGGAGCCGGAUGGUACCCCGAGGAGCAUAGGUGCAGGGCUUACCCAGAGUGCUACAAGACGAUGUCGGGUUAUCUCUCCCCCAACGACGUGGAGUGGGAGCAGGAUGAGUGUACUAUUGAUUACAGAAAGAAUGGAAUGUUUGUUGUUUAUCUACACAAGGCUGGGAGUCUUCAUCUAACGAAGGCCAGUGAGAAACUAGAGAUCACUCUAGAGCCAUCGUCAUUUGAGAUUGCGAUGAUUGCACCUGUUUUAGAGUUGGGUGGGGAGAUCAAGUUUGCUGGAGUUGGACUCGAGAACAUGUUGAACAGCGGUGGGGCGAUUGAGCUUGUGGAGCAGAAAAUCGAGGCGAAGAACAUAGUUUGUUUGAUGAAGAUUAAGGGAGCAGGAAGGUUCUUGGCCUAUUCAAGUGUGAAGCCUGAGAAGGUUGUGUUGGAUGGUGAGAUUGUUGAAUUUGAAUGGAGAAAUGAUGGGGUUUUGAAGUUUGAAGUGCCAUGGAAUGGUGGAGAAGUGAAAGAUGUUCAGAUCUUGAUUACCAAAUAAGUUGUGAUUUACACAUUUCUUGUUAAUUUAUUUGGUUUAUCUUGUUUGUUCUUUUGAUUUUUUCUGUUGUAUUGUAUGAACAUUUUUUUCUUUUCAAGGAUGUUUCUGUUUGCAAACAGGUGACAA